UUCGCGCGCUCCCACAGGUUUUAUUUUGUAAGGAAUAUUGUGGUAAUAUUUAAAUGGGUGAAACAGAAACAUAUUUUAGUAUUUAAUUAGAUAUAACUAAUCAUACACGUCUAGCAAUAUGUCAGAUGAUAUAAAUGUUACCUUCAUAAUCCCGAAAAACCUGGCGAGUGAAAAUGAUUGUUCCGAAGAAAUGAAGUUAGCGUACACAGCCUGUGAACAACAUUCUGGAGGAGGUAUUCAAGCACAAUGGGUGCAUGAGACACAGUGGAAGAAAUUUGAUGGACUCACCAAAAGAAAUGUGUUUGUGCUGUCUGAUUUUUCGGGUGAACUAUUUGAAAGAUUGAAAUCGACAAAAUGCUUACUGGUUGGUCCCCGAUGUUUAUCAUGUUGUUUAACGGAGGGAACUCCAAUACCUUCUGGCCCAGAACCAGUAUAUACUAUAGCCAUGAGGGGCAUAGUAGUCACUGCUAGUGGCUUAUCUAAGCAACAAAAGGAGAAUAUAAAGAAGAAAGUGCAUUGGAUGGGGGGUAUCUACAGCACAGUACUAACAGAAGAGACUACUCAUCUAAUAUCUGAUACUGUUUUAUCGGAUAAAUAUAUUAAAUCAGUGGAAAAAUGUAUACCAAUAAUGAGUGAAACAUGGGUUGAAGCUGUGUGGGAGGCAUCUUUACAAUUAAAUAUAAACGGAACUUCAUCAGAUUUUGACUGUCAUCGCCUUCCACCAUUUACAAAUUUGCAGGUGACCACAUCAGGGAUAUCAAAGCGCGAAAAACAAACAAUAAUGAAACUAGUCAAUGAGAAUGGUGGGACCUUCUCUGGGGCUUUCCAGAGCGAGACAACGGAUGUUGUCGUUCUAACUAAAGAAGGAAUAGGCAGUGAAAAAUACAAAGCCGCGUUGGAAUACGGCAAAGCGUGCGUUCUACCGUCGUGGGUGAUCGACUCCGCGGCCCGCGGGGUCGCGCUGCCAUUGCUCAAGUACAAGGUCGCUGGAGCUUCUACCUCGUCGCCGCUUGCUGAACAUAGACUGCCCGAUAUGAGUUUGAAUUUCUCUCGAAUAACCAAUUUGAGACCGCCAAGUAACUUUGUGGAUGAGACGCGAUCAGCAGACAUCACCGGUAUCUCUGGACGGAUGAAGUUAUCACAAGAAUCUAAGAAAAUGGAUACAUCAAUGGAUAGAGACAUUAUUGAAGCGUUUGAGAAUUUUGACAUGAGUCUCAUUAAAAAGGCUGGACCUAUUUUCGAUGGAUUUUGCAUCUGGGUGACGGGCGUGGAGGGCGCGUGCCGCGAGCGCGCCGCCGCGUGCGUGUCCCGCUGCGGCGGCGUGCGCUACGACUGCCCGCACGAGCGCGUCACGCACGCCGCCGCCGGCUCGCGCCGCGCCGCGCUCUCCGCCGCGCGCGCGCUGCCCGCCGCGCCCGUGCUGCGCGCCGCCUGGCUGCCCGACAGCGUGCGCGCGGGCAGGCCGCUGCCGGAGGCGCAGUACCUGAUAGACACGCAAGCGACGACGCCGGUGAAGUCCCGCAAGCCGGCCGCGGAGCAGGCGUCGCCGAUGAGCAAGCGCAACCUACAGCUGCUGCACGAGCCGCUCCACCUGCCGCCACCAGCGCCUGUACCAGCGCCGCCGGUGGAUGAUAUUGUUCAUCACUAUUUGAGCCAGAACUUAGAACCGCAAGAGAAAACGCCAGAGCCCGUACAAAUGCCGGUAUCGAAUGACGUCACCAACCAAAAUCCUGAUAUCACGGAAGAUAUGGGAGACGAGCCCACAGAAGAAAUGGAACAGAUAUUUAGUGGUAUCAAAAUCGAAGUGCAAGGUCUAGAAGAGGAAGCGAUAAGUGAAAUAGGUGCGGAAGUGUCGGCGGCCGGAGGGUUGUUGGUGGCGAGCGGCGGUGGGGGGAGCUAUCGGCUCGUGCCCCUGGACUGGGACUGCGAUGAUGAUUCCAUAGAGUACAUCACCGUGUUUUGGAUUAAAGACUGCCUCAGCCAGCAAGAGCUGGUGCCGUUGCAAUACUACCAUCGGCCCGUGUCCAUACCGCAGACUUCGGGGCCUGGCCCUUUACACGGGGUGGUGGCCAGCCUCAGUACUUAUAGUGGUCUGGAAAGGGCAUUCCUGGACGAGCUGGCCAAGCUAUUGGGCGCUACGACGCAGCUCCGCUUCUGUAGACGCACGACGGCCACGGCGCUCGCGUCCACGCACCUCAUCUGCCCCACGGCCAGCGGCGACAAGUACCUCGGCGCGGUCAAGUGGGGCCUGCCCGCCGUGCGCGCCGCCUGGCUGCUCGCGUGCGCGGCGCGCGGCGCGCGGCUCAGCGAGCGGCCCUACCUGGUGGGCGCCACCACGGCACCAACUCUAGAAAAUCCGGAAGAGUCCCCACAAGCCAAUGAGAACGAAAGAGAGACGGACAUAAAUAGGCAAGAACAAGACAAGCAAAAAGAAAGGGACAAAGAAAACGAAAUGUUGCCGCCCGCUGAUACCAAUGUGCCUAGAAAGAGUAUAGCGCAAGACGAAACCCCAAAAGCUGAUCAAAAUGACGACAUGUCGCCCGCGUCCCGGUACAUAGCGAUGGCCCGGCAAGGUCUGCUCGGCGGAGAUUCGCAGGAGACACCGAAACGUGUGCAAGAACUUCAAGAGGCGGAUAAACAAGAGGUAGCAGUACGCACUCCAGACGAGGCUUUGUCCACGCCUAACUUAGCGGUGUACAGUCCCACCACGCGGCGCCGCUUGCAAGCUUUGCGACGCGGUGAGAUGCCCUCUGACCCUGUGCGGACGCCGAAUGAUCCUUUCGCGAGACAAAUAGAGACCCCAGACAGUGGGUUCGGUGCUGCGUUGCGGCCGGGUUCGGGGCGGCUCUCCCCGGAGUCCAGGAAGAGAUUGUGGAAGGUGGUCAAUGAGCUGCCGUCGAAACAGGAACCGCCUAAGGAUAAACAGACGCCGUUAUCGGAGAUUAUGAACCGGUAUCUCGCGCAGUUCAACGGCAGCUCGUCCACGCCGCCCUCGGGGCACACCGUCGCUCCCAGGAAAUUGCACUUACAGGAUGAUGUCGAAACACCGCCUUCGAAGAUGGCGAAAAUGUCUCAUAGUCAUCAAAGCCCCAGCUGUAUGAACAUCAAUGAGGACACUGACGGCAACAGCAUGAGCAACAUCAGCAACAACAUCAACACCAACAGUAAAAACUACACCAACAGCAACGCCAACAAUAGAAACAACAUCAGCAACAGCACCAACACAAGCAGCAACACGAACAGCAGCAGCCGACCAAGCAUCCCGGCGACGGUGGACGCGCAGUUACAGAAACUCAGCGCGGCGUUGAGCAAUCGACUUAGUUCGCAGCGAGCGAAGCGAACGCGCGACUCUAUUAGCGUCACGCCUGCAGUCCAAGGUUCAGAAGUGGAAGCGGGUCCGGAAUCUCAACCUAACACAGUGGGCUGGGAUGAUACCACGCCGCAGCGAAGUGACGCUGCCACGCAGCCGGAGGUCAAGAGGUUCAUGCUGUCUUCCAAUGUGGAUAAUCGCGAGGAGAUAAUCGCAAUGAUAGAGCACCUCGGCGGCGCGGUGUGCGAGGGCGCGGAGAUGGACGAGUCGGCCACGCACCUGCUGUGCGCGCUGCCCGGCCGCAGCGAGAAGAUGCUCUGCUCCGUGGCGGCCGGCAAGUGGGUGCUGCACCCCGCCUACGUGGCGCGCAGCCGCGCCGCCGGCCGCUUCCUGCGGGAGGAGGAGUUCGAGUGGGGCAACCCGCGCGCCGCCGCGCUGCCGGCGCUGGCGGGCGGCGAGGCGGCGCUGGCGCGCGGCGCGCACCGCUGGCGCGCGGCGGCGGCGCGCGGCGCGCCCGGCCCCUUCGCGGGGCUCGCCGCGCUGCUGCACGUGCCCGCGCCGCGCCGCCGCCUGCUGGCGCGCCUGCUGCGCGCGGGCGGCGGCGCCGCGCCCGACCUACAGCCGCCAUACUCCAACGACGAAGUGACUGUGUGCUUCGCGGACGUGAAGCGGCUCCCGCUGUCAGAGCAAGACGCAAGGUGGCUGGUCUCCAAGAGGAUUCCCGUGUGCGCUCCCGUGCUGCUCUCGUCGUAUCUCACUGAGGAAACACCCCCAAACCCUUGGGACCAUUGUCUUCCAGAAUUUAGACCUAAUUGAAUGGGAAUAAAGAUUAUUUUUGCAUCG